AUGCAGAAGACCGGCAGGACGGCCUAUAAAAAGGUGGAAAGAUGCAGUCAGAGAAGAACUAGAGAAGCUGAGAGUGAGACCAUGGGAAAUAGCACACGAUCGGAACCAAUGGAAGACAAUAGUAAACGCGACAAAGACUCACGCAGAGUUGAUGGCGAACGUGGUUACCUUGAAGGCCUAGCGUCACGAUACGCAGACUUAUUUAGCACUCACUACGUAGACGUAUUAGGUCACCUGGAAGAUCUGAGGAGGAUAGAAUGGACAGAAACGUCUCCAAAGGAACGAAAGGUGACGACUCCCGUUACUCCUCCUGGUACGUACAGUCCGACGGGGAGGGGGUCGCCGCUUUCGGGGGCGCUCACUACUUCCAUGUCUCAGCCCCUUUAUGUACCUGGAAAAUAUUCGCCAUCUAGCUGUUUGAGUGACAAAGAAGAAGAUGAAAUAUACGGUUUCGGCUACGGAGUAUUUGCUUCUCAAAUAGCUAGGCAACAGCAACAACGAUUAGUCGGCCAGCAACAGAAUCAACAGACUGCAACCAGCCAUCAACCCCUCCUAGUUCAACAGCAUCACAACUAUCAAACGUGUCUCAGUCCAAGAUCAGCGUAUUUUUAUGAAUUCCCUCCAAAUGAGCAAAACUACACGAACACAAGCAAAAAGCGCACGACGUUUUCGAGAUUUCUUCGCGGCCUCAAGACGUCACAUAGAAAAGAAAAGCACGGGGGCAGCUCUCCGAGGCACGGACGAGCUGCUGCUGCUGCUAGGGGAGUCCCACAGCGGGUCGACACACCGGACAGCGUCCUCCAGAGCGGUUUGGGUCUAACGGAUCUGGGUCAGCAUGCAGUGCUCCGGUCCAUGGUGGAUCCCAGAGACUACGAUAGGCUUAGGAACUUACAACUUAAUGGCGGCACUCCCAAUACCUUCGAAGAGACUAUCUAUAGGCUCAAGCUGCAGGAGGCCAUGAAAAAGCGGGAAAAGUUUACGAAAGAACACGAAGAGAUAUUGAGAGACAUCAAACAGGGUUUGCUACAGCUUGGAAAAGAGGGUAUUAGAGGACCAUUAUCUGGAGAUGACACGUACAUGUACGACGAAGAGGUACGCAUGCUAGCCCCAGUCCCGCAUUACGCAGACCCUCUCAACCGUCCCGCCCAUUGGUACGAUGAACCGCCCUACGAAUCGGACCCUGAAGACUUCCUCAUGGGUUGUAGCGAAGGACCAUCUGCCACCAUACAGAACGGAAGAGUGUGCUUCACGCUAAACACUCGACAAGAUUCCAGAGGUGAAGGAGUCAUAUCAUUGAGAAGUGCGGGCGAUAUUUCACUACCUCGGGAAUCGCAAGCUGGGUUGGGAAUCGCGCCCAGAAGAGGAUUGAUUCUACCUUCACAAGCUGGAUAUCCACCAGCAAUAAUUCCUUUAAGGUCUUCUAGGGAUAUCGAAAGUGGUGACUACGCAGGCUCUGACGUGCAAAGCGUUAGUUCGAGGCUGUCGACGUUAUCAGUAGAUACCAGUAGAUCCGAACACCACGAAUUAGGUCAAAUUAUUUCCCCCCAGUAUUAUACGCAAUUAGAAGGAAAAAUAAGGCAUUUUAGGAAAAUUAGCGGAUAUUCUAGGAGUGAAGAUGGAAUGUCGCCUAGUCAAAGUUCAGAUUACGAGGAUCAGGAGGAUUUUAGUAAUUGUAGCCAGCAGAUAGCAACUGUACAUGUGUCUAGUGAUGGCCGAUCUGCUGGCGUAUCCGGUUUAGUAGGAAAAGUAAGAGGACUUCGAGAAGACGUCCAAAGGAAAAUUUCUAGGUUAAAAAACGACAACGUAGACCAGCAACGCAUUCCUGAUCAAAGUUUCCAAUGUUCAGCUAGUUCAGUGGAAAGCUUGCCUAGUGGGUCAGGAUCAAGUACGCAAGCAUUGGUGAGAGCCGGUAGUAACCAUAGUUCAAUAUCAAAUGAAGAACCGGAUCCCAGUCCGACGGAUCAGAUUGUGGGACGAGCUAGAGCGUUGGUGGAUCAUACUCCAAGCCCGUAUGAUACGGAGGCAUUAAAAUUUAAGGCUGGUGAUAUUAUAGAUAUAGUUUCAAUGAAUCCAAGUGGGCAAUGGAGGGGUAUCUGCAGAGGCAAGAAGGGCACUUUUAAAUUCAUCAAUGUAGAACUAUUAUCCGAACGAUCGGUAAAAUCAAAAAGAGAUAUAAAAUGGCAUCGCAACAUUAAAGGCAAGCCCGUAUCUGUGGAGGAUUUGUUAAAGAAGAUCGGUCUACAUGACUAUAUUUCUGUAUUUAUAUUGAACGGUUACGAAGAUUUAGAAUUGUUUAAGGAAUUGGAACCCAGUGAUCUGGAUUAUUUGGGGAUAGUGAAUACCGAUCACAGAGCUAAGUUGUUGACAGCUGUGCAGCUUCUGCAUGAGAUGGAUUCAGGCAGUGAGGGAGAUAUCGCAGGCUCGAGCAGUGAGUGUGACGAACACAGAGGACUCACGCGUGAUACCGAAAACUCCCCUUUUGGAAGGCGUCAAUUUCCCCGAGACUCAGGCUGUUACGACGCUUCUGUAAAAAGUACGCGGCAGGUCCAACAGCAUAUUUCACCACAAGGAGAAUCAGAUACUAGUGAUAGUGCAGGUUUCAGCGACAACAGAAACAACUUGGAUUCCGUCGUCGAACAAUGCAACAACGAAAUCAUGGCCAGAGUGAAACAGGCCCAGAAAAACUUGAUAAACCUCAAGGAAGAACUGUCAUAUCAACCGAACAUACCGAAUUCCGCCAGCAUUGAGCUGCAGCUGCUCCAGCAGAAAAAACCCAAAGACUCUUAUGUAAGUGUCCACGGACAAACUUCUUUAAUAGAUCCGUGUCGCAAAACGACCGCCUGCGCCGCGCGGUCGAUGAGCGGCACCGCUAGAAAAAAUUUAGAAGAGACAGAAGAACCGAAGUUGCCCAUGGAGAAAUACGCGCAAAGUGGAACGAGCAACAGCGACGUAGGACUGGAAUCUGGAAACGUAAACGUCUUAGGAAGAAGCUGUCUGAGCGAAAAAUCAAGCGAUUCCGGCGUGAGUAGCAGCUCUUUGUCUUCUUCUAACACCAAGGAAACGCCCCGACCCGUCCUUAACAUGAUUGACAACUCGACCGCCCAAGCUAACUUUAAGAAGACAUAGCCCCAGCAAAAAUUGUUGUUUCAAACUAAGUUCAGGAAAUAAAUGUCAAUUCUAUAUUUGUUAUGUCUGUUACGGUAGUGGAUUAACUCUGGAAAUUAUGUAAUUGACCUCUUAAGGGUAACUACUGGACUGGAGAAUUAACUUAGAUAAAACAAAGUGCUUAAAGUAGGUACACAAAGUUCGGAUGAAGAACAUCGUGAAUAACUAGCAAUUUGAAAUGUCUUAGAGCCUUCACUUUACUCUGCAGGUCCUGGCCCUGACUAAACAAAACUCAAUCUUCAAUUCAAUAGAACAACACCAUUACCUACAAUAACCCACAAACGAAUAAAAAAUGUUCCAAUACGAGAAUACGUUAAUUCACGAGUUCGUUACAAAACUUUUCCGUCGACCGUACUUUUCAGAAAUAAAGAUAAGUAUAUCUAUCUUUUGAUUUUUCAAAUACACAGAAUUUUAAACAAUAAAGUAAAUAAUGACAUACAAUGACAGAUAGUACUAACAGCGGCUACUUGAUUUUAAAAUUUUUAGUGGGAAUAUAAAUAGGUAUAUGUUUGGUUGCCUACACUACAGGUAAUUGCCAAUCACAGAGCGUUUAAUUAAUUUAUGCAAGCAAUGUAUGUUGUGUUGCCUAUAAUGAAAUCGUUCAUUAAUAGAAAAUCAUUCAUUAAUAGGGGUCAUUACUCAAUGAUUUGAGGGUGUUAAAAUUGAUCAUAAAUGGACGGUCGAUGGAAAAAAAAAACAGUUUAUGUUUCAAUUCGGUUUAGAGGUGAUGCGUCGUCCCCAUACGUACGUUUCUGUCUCUCCAGGCGUCUUCAGUAGGGCUACAUUAACACCUUUGAAUCAAAACGAAAAAUUAAACAGGCAGCUUGGUUUCCUUUCGAUUCAGAAGUGUUCAUGUAGCCCUACUGAAGACGUCUGGAGAGACAGAAACGUAGGUAUAGGGAUGGCGCAUCACCUCUGAACUGAAUUAAAACACAAGCUGUUUUUUAAUCUUUCAUUUUACUCAUAUUUUCAGUACAUGCAAUCAAAAAAUACAAGAUCCUUUAUAAAAUGUAUAUUUAAAAGAUUCUAAUAAUGGUUACAUCACAAAACAAAACGUUUUCGGAUUAAUAGGUAAUCCAUCAUCAGUGUUGGGCCGAUAACAUGCUUGCGUGAGGCACCAAAAAGUUAUGGGUAAGAACCCUUUAAAAGUUUCAAGAUCUUAAAUGAUACUACAUAUUUUUAUUAAAACAAAUGGAUGUUGUAAAUAUUCCUGAACCCAGGGCAACACAGGACUCUAACCCACGUUGAUGUUAUAUGCAAGGAA